CCGGGGCUCGGGCUAGCUCCCCAGAGCCGCUGCUGAAGUAGGAACCGCCUGCCCUGCAGAGAGGCGCCGCCGCCUCCUCACACGGAGACAUGUAUCCAGGAGCAGCUGCUGCCGCCGCCUCCUCCUCCCCCUCCCCUGGACCCGUACUUGCACCUCCUCCACCAUUGCCACCACCAAUACAGGGAUAUGCCUUUAAACCUCCUCCUCGACCAGAUUUUGGCACUUCUGGAAGAACAAUCAAACUACAGGCCAACUUCUUUGAAAUGGACAUUCCUAAAAUUGAUAUCUACCAUUAUGAAUUGGAUAUAAAGCCAGAGAAAUGCCCUAGAAGAGUUAACCGAGAAAUAGUUGAGCAUAUGGUCCAGCACUUUAAAACACAGAUCUUUGGGGAUCGUAAACCAGUAUUUGAUGGAAGAAAAAACCUAUAUACAGCUAUGCCACUUCCUAUUGGGAGGGAUAAAGUGGAGUUGGAGGUCACACUUCCAGGAGAAGGGAAGGACAGAAUAUUUAAGGUGGCUAUAAAAUGGAUGUCCUGUGUGAGUCUGCAGGCUUUACAUGAUGCUCUUUCUGGUCGGCUGCCAAGUGUUCCUUUUGAAACUAUCCAGGCACUGGAUGUAGUGAUGAGGCAUUUGCCUUCCAUGAGGUAUACUCCUGUUGGCCGGUCUUUUUUUACUGCAUCUGAAGGCUGCUCAAACCCUCUGGGUGGUGGUAGAGAAGUUUGGUUUGGGUUCCAUCAAUCAGUCAGACCUUCACUCUGGAAAAUGAUGCUUAAUAUUGAUGUGUCUGCAACAGCAUUUUAUAAGGCACAGCCAGUAAUUGAGUUUGUAUGUGAAGUUUUGGAUUUCAAGAGUAUUGAAGAGCAACAGAAACCUCUCACAGAUUCCCAAAGGGUAAAGUUUACCAAAGAAAUAAAAGGUCUAAAGGUGGAGAUAACACACUGUGGGCAAAUGAAGAGAAAAUACCGAGUGUGCAAUGUCACCAGACGGCCAGCAAGUCACCAAACAUUCCCACUUCAGCAGGAGAGUGGACAAACAGUUGAAUGCACUGUAGCUCAAUAUUUUAAGGACAGGCACAAGUUGGUUCUACGCUAUCCUCAUCUUCCAUGUUUACAAGUUGGACAGGAGCAGAAACAUACAUACCUUCCUCUUGAGGUGUGCAACAUAGUGGCAGGACAGAGGUGUAUAAAGAAGCUGACUGACAAUCAAACUUCCACUAUGAUACGGGCAACUGCCAGAUCAGCACCUGACCGUCAAGAAGAGAUUAGCAAAUUGAUGCGAAGUGCAAGUUUUAAUACUGAUCCUUAUGUUCGUGAAUUUGGAAUAAUGGUCAAAGAUGAAAUGACUGAUGUGACUGGGAGAGUCCUACAACCUCCCUCAAUCCUGUAUGGAGGCAGAAAUAAAGCAAUUGCUACACCAGUUCAAGGGGUUUGGGAUAUGAGGAACAAACAGUUUCACACUGGAAUUGAGAUUAAGGUCUGGGCAAUUGCCUGCUUCGCUCCCCAGCGACAGUGCACUGAAGUUCAUCUUAAGUCCUUCACAGAACAACUGAGGAAGAUAUCAAGAGAUGCAGGAAUGCCAAUCCAGGGGCAGCCAUGUUUCUGUAAAUAUGCCCAGGGUGCAGAUAGUGUGGAACCUAUGUUCAGACAUCUAAAGAACACCUAUGCUGGGCUACAGCUUGUGGUAGUCAUUCUGCCAGGGAAGACUCCAGUUUAUGCGGAAGUAAAGCGUGUUGGUGACACUGUGCUGGGGAUGGCUACACAGUGUGUUCAGAUGAAAAAUGUGCAAAGAACAACACCACAAACUCUGUCCAAUCUUUGUUUAAAGAUCAACGUCAAAUUAGGAGGAGUAAAUAACAUUUUACUGCCACAAGGAAGGCCUCCGGUAUUUCAGCAGCCUGUCAUAUUCCUGGGUGCAGAUGUAACUCAUCCACCAGCUGGAGAUGGAAAAAAGCCUUCCAUUGCUGCAGUUGUAGGUAGCAUGGAUGCUCACCCUAAUCGAUACUGUGCCACUGUGCGUGUCCAGCAGCAUCGUCAAGAAAUCAUCCAAGACUUGGCUGCCAUGGUCAGGGAGCUGCUUAUUCAGUUCUACAAAUCAACCAGAUUUAAACCAACUCGCAUUAUUUUCUACAGAGAUGGUGUUUCUGAGGGGCAAUUUCAACAGGUUCUCCACCAUGAAUUGCUGGCUAUCAGAGAAGCAUGCAUUAAACUAGAAAAGGACUACCAGCCUGGAAUUACAUUUAUUGUUGUGCAGAAAAGGCAUCACACCAGGCUCUUCUGUACAGACAAAAAUGAACGGGUUGGAAAAAGUGGAAACAUUCCAGCAGGUACUACAGUGGACACAAAAAUCACCCAUCCAUCAGAGUUUGACUUUUACCUUUGUAGUCAUGCUGGUAUUCAGGGAACAAGCAGACCUUCUCAUUACCAUGUCCUCUGGGAUGACAAUCGUUUCUCUUCAGAUGAACUGCAAAUUCUUACCUAUCAGCUGUGUCAUACAUAUGUACGCUGUACUCGUUCCGUCUCAAUCCCCGCACCAGCAUACUAUGCACACCUGGUUGCCUUCAGAGCCAGGUAUCAUCUGGUGGAUAAAGAACAUGAUAGUGCUGAAGGAAGCCACACUUCUGGUCAAAGUAAUGGCAGAGAUCAUCAAGCACUUGCUAAAGCAGUUCAAGUUCAUCAGGACACGUUACGUACCAUGUACUUUGCUUGACAUGUUUUAAUGUUUAGCGAUUCAGUAGAGUUGGAUUCACGUGAGACCAGCUGCACUUAGACCAACAGUUGCCCAAGCUACAAUGACAGCCAGCAAUGAGUGAUGCAUCUUUAUUUUAUUAGUUUUUUCCAUUUGCAAGAAAGCCUUCCGUCCGGAAUUUCAGACUUGAUUAUGAACUGCAGACCCGUACAAAACCCCACAGUUGUUGGAAAUGUGGUUUGCCAAAAUCUCUUAAGCUGCUUGUCAGAAAACAGACCCAUAUUUUGUAGUUAAAUCAAAAGCUGUGAUCUCAGGGCUAAAAACAAAACAAAACUUUUUCAUGUAGUUUGCUAUUCAAUUUAUUUGUGUGUUAAUAAUUUGGAAAUACCUUAUUCACGUCAAAUUUGAUGGGCUCAGAUGCUGUGAGCUUGCUUUUAAAACAAAGAAAGAAAAGAAAAAGCACUACUUGGUAUUUAUGAAGCCUUGAUCAUUCUGGAUGCAUUUACAAAAGUUUUAUUUUCAAAGUGCAAAAAGAUAAUAAUUCUGGUCCUCCACUGUCUUACAGGACCAUUCUGUAUGUCUAAGAACAAAUGUAUUUUCUGAAAUUUGUUCUUGAAUGUCUUUUAUUGUGCUGCAUUUAAAGAUGUUUUUCAUAGACUUAUGAAAUAAUUUCAGAAAAAAAUGAACUUGUAUCUGAACCUUUAAUAGGUCCAGUGAGAUUGGCAAAAAAAAAAAAUAUGCCAUUUAAAUUGUUUUUUAACUUUUUUUUUUAAAUCAUACUGACAGCUAAUCACAGAAUUUGUCCUACAGGACUGUGACACUUACUUUCCAAAGUUUCUAAAGAAUACGGGUCUGUGGUGAUAAAUACAGUACAAUCCUUCACUGUUAUGUUUGAAUUUUUGUAAAUUUUAUAUGUUUCACAGUAUUAAUGUGAUAGACUAGAUGCUAUUAUUUAUUUUAUUUACUAAGGCGUGCUAAUCAUAUUUCUGUUAACAUAUCAAGAAAGCUUUGGAUUUUAGACAUUAAAACCUUAUCAUGGAGACAUUAUUAUUCAAAUGCAGGAAUAUGCAAUUGACUUUGAUCUGACAGAUCAGAGAUACAUACAGUGUAUAUUGUAUAGCUUGUAAUUUCUGGAAAGACUUUUUCAGCAUGCACACAACAUGGCAGGUUUCACCUGUGCAUUCAGAGAGACACACCGUGAGACCAACAUUCUCCAUCCAUUCAAGCACAAAACAAUUCUUCUUUAUUUAUUUGUUGAUUAUUGGUGAAGCAGCAGUUCAAAUUGAGGAGAAUGGUUCACUCUUUAUAGUUUAGCUAGCCAAAUUUAAUAGAAUCUAUGCAGUAAAAAUAACUCUUAGGAAACUGUUGAAGUUUACUUGUGGAAGAAAGUGAAACUCUUUGUUAUACAUAAGGUCAAUAGUAUGAGUGAGAUUUUUGCCAUUCUCUUAGAGAAGUAUUAAUUAAAACUUAGACAUAUAUGCUUCUGUUAGUUUGCACACUGGGUUCAUAUACAUCAUAAUACAUGUAUAAACCAUUGCACUAAUUGUGACACCAUAAACCAUUUUAGAAAAGGAUGGGGAAAAACCCCCGAAAGUUAUUUAUGCUGACUUGAUUUUGUUUAAUGUUCUCGUAUGCUAAAUCAAGUACAUAUUAAGCAUGUAAAUUUUUUUUUAAGUUGCAUUCUCUUGCUCUGUUUCAUUCAGCUCUCUCUUUCCCUUCCCCUAGCAAACACAUUUACCUCUAGCAUCAAGGUGGGCAAACGGCCUCAUCCAGAAUUAGUGUCAGUGCCAUAUUUUGUAUAGACUAGAACUGUUUGCUGUUGAGUAAGCCAGAAAAUGCCCAACUUUGCUGCCUAAAAGGUUUAGGUGCAUAAUUUUGUGUACAAGUUCAGGUCUGCACCUUGUAGCACAGCAUGCUGUUGCUCGUGUUGUUCGGCUGAAGCAACAAAGUAAAUUCUGUUAAUGGAUGAGUCAGUCAUAUGUAGAUCGUGCUAGUUUAUUAUUCCUGUCUUGCUGUUGAAAUCAGUGGGCCAGAAUCUGUUUUCAGUUAUAGUUGUGUAAAUACUGUUAUUAAUGAUUACACUGGUAACUGAAAAUAGAAUUCAGCCCUUUGCAAUUACUAAGCAGGUUAUAAAAGCCUCCACUAAAACAAAUUUAGCUGAUUUGCAGUAGCUUUUCUAUGAUGAGUGUGUUGCACUUUUCUCUAUAGUAUUUUGCGCAGUGUAGAAAUUCAUUGCAAGCUUUAAUUUUGGCACAUUAUCGGACAAUUGUAUGAGUUGUUCUUUAAGAAGUUAAAAUAAUUCGUCAGCCAUUUUUAAAAUUCCAUUGGUGGUUCUUGCUAUUCCUUAUGAUUAGGUGCUCAGGAUGAUAUUCAUCAUCUUAUUCUCCUCUUUCCCUGCUGCACAACCUGGAGUAAAUUACUUUAUAUGGGCAACCAGAUACAGCAAGGAUCCACCUCAAUCCCACAUCCUGAAUUCAAGGGUAGAUCAAAGGGCUAUGGUGCCUCCUCUUGUGGCUUCUGUUCUAGUCUAUGGGCUAGAAUACCAGGUGCUUCUCCAAUGUGGGAGUUCCAGUCUACUGGCUCUGUGCACAGAUCCAGAAGCCCCCACUCCAAAGACCCCUAACAUGCAGCCCAGAUACCCAAAAGACCUGGGUGCAGAGGAUUGCAGUGGGGGCUCUGCAGACACUUCACCAAAGUGUUUGUUGUCUCAGUGUCCUAUUAGCAUGAAUGGGAAUUCUGUGCAGUUCCCUCAAAUGUAAUGAAGGAUGCAAACUCCUGAGGAAUGAUUGUCAGUAUGAUGGGACUGGGGAGUUUACAGUUUGUAGAUACAUAUAUUAGCUAGAGUACUCUAAUUUUAAAAAUGGCUUUGAUUUUUUCCUAAUGAAAUAUACAGUGAAUUAGUCAUCAUAUAAUUUAAUUGAUUUAAAUAUUUUUAGGAAAAGUUUUUUAAUGGGCAAUGCACUUUGAAAAGUAGGCACUCUGUGUGCAUAAUAACUGCUUUUUAUAAAGAUUAAUAUACACAACAUGCAUAGACCAAAACAGCUCCAAUCAAAUGAACAAUAUACCGUUAUCCUUUUCAGUUUACUCCAGCCUGCAAGGACAUCAAUAUCUCUGGUAAACAUGUAUAAAUUUACCCACAAAAUAUUCUCUCUAAGAACUGAGGAAAAGUGUUUACAAAUUAUUGUGUAUACAAAGUUUAGGAUUGUGACACAUGCCCACAGAUGCUGUUGAAUUCAUACGUAAGGCUGAUAGUUUUAACCAUUAUGUCACUAGUUCAAAUUCAACUCAGGUCAGCAGUAACCAAAAGUACUUACUAUCUGCAGUUCGUUGGCCUGUGCAAAAAGAUGUCUAACUCCAGUUGCUAGAGAACCAUGAAGCAGACCCUCUUCUGUUACAGUGGUUCUGCUCUGAGCUACAUUUGCACCAAUUGUGGCAAUGGUAUUUUGUAUGUUGGUCUAACAAUUGGUACAAAUUGGUCUUCUUGUUAGCAAAACCAGGUCAGGAUUGAACAAUGUGGAACAAUUGUGCAUUCACAAUGUACUGUUUUGUGGAAAAACGGGAUCCAAGCUCUACAGCUGUCAAUCUCAGAUCCUUUAUUAGCAUUAUAUUUAUAUAAAAUGAUUUGUAUGAAAAAGGCUGAUAACAAGUGAUGGACACGUUAGAAAUAGGUACGUGAAGCCUUACGUUGUGGGGGAGCUGUGUGUGUGUGUGUUGGAAGAUGAAGGGAUAAACAAUUAUGAGUUAAGGUUCAGCUAUCACUUUGAAUUUCCUGCCUUAUUUGUACUAAAUAUUAACACUACUGAAACAGAGAGAGACUACAGAAGCUAAUAGAAAUGCUGCUAUUCAAAGGUGCAAAACAAAACCAGCAAAGAUAACAUAUUCAAUGGAAGCCUUCUUUUAAAAAAAAAAGCUAGAUACAAAACUACUAUUGUGGUGCCUUUUUAGGUACUUCUGGUGUUUGGGCUGGUGGAAGGUUACACCGACCCACUGGGAUUGCUCAGUCACAAAGCCUUCUGGAGCACCUGGGGAACCUGUUGAGUCUCUCUUUAAGAGGUUGUGCUCUGCUAGCAGUUGUUGAUAGGGGAUGGGGUUACACUUCUAUGUUCUCCUCUCUGCCCAAUUUGAGUUAACUGUUUGAGGUAGCCCUAUGCAGUCCUUGCACCUUCCCUUCCCCUCCUACUUUGCCUAGCCUAUGUGUAGGUGCAUAUUGGUUAGUUUGUAUUAGUAUGCAUAGUUUUGACUUGAUUCAGACUAAAAUACUUUAACGCCAGUAAUUAAAUAUUUUAUUGAUUAUUGCAAAGAUCAUUGGAAUAGUUGGUAAUCUAUUUUCCAAAACCUUUUCAUAUUGACUUGCAUAUUUGUAGACCUGUCACGAGAAAAACCUUCAGGUGGCUUUUGUCAAUUGCCCACGUCACAAGGAGGUGUUGUGUGAUGAUCUGCUCAAGCCUACUUGCAAAUUUUACAAGUAAUUAUGAUGAAAGAAAUUCCCACUGUAUAAAUGUGGUGGGGAGGUUUCUUGACCCCAUUCACCUCCUUCUCUCAAAUGUAUCUUUCACAAUUAUUUAACCCAAAAUUUGUCUAACAUACGUUUAGUUUUUACAUUUGAUUAACCUAUUGCAGUAAAUCUUGUGGCCCUUGUAUAGAUUUAAAGGAGUAGUCCGAGCCAAACAAGGCUUGAUAAAAAAUGAUUCAUUUAUUAGUAAAUCACUUUUUAUUAUUAAGAUGAAGGGUACAAUUUUCAAAAAGGUUUCAAUCACUUUUUAAAAUGGCACUGAAGCCCAUAUUUUUAAAGGUAUUUAGGCAUUGUGAUGCUGAGCACAGCAACAUCUAAAUAUCUUUAAACAUCUGGGCCCUAGUCAGUUAGGCUGCAAAGUGCCUACAUCAUUUUUGAAAAUGUAACUUAAGCUCUGACAGCACUCAGGCUUUUUUGAAAAUUUUAUCCAAAUUUUGUCUGGUUUGUAUGUGCACUCAGGAUCAAAUUGUAAUCACAAGUGCAUUGCGCUUUGCUGGAUAACUCAAAUUUUCUUUUGCACUUAUGGAUUGCAGCAGUAAAUUCCUCAAGUUAAAUAGUGAUGUGCACCACACAUUAUUGGAGACCCAAUUCGUCUUGCAGUAGGCCACUAGCAAACAUCUUGUUGACUACAAUGAGACUGAGAACAGGAAAAGGUCCUUCAUUAGAAUCUACCUUUUUUUUCUUGAAAAUUUCAGUUAGAUGCUGUAGGUUACAGUGCAUGUUUAAUAGAUUGCCUUCUUUCUGAUUAAAAAUGCUGACGUUUUAAGACUAGAAUUGGCCAGUCCUGCAGCUUUUACUCAUGCAAAACUCACACUAAAGUCCAUCAGUUGUGCACAAAUUAUAAAUGCAGGAUUGGGACCUUUACUGGGGGAUGUAGAUGGAAAUGUUGGUCUAUUUGAUGUAAUCCAGAGAACACUUCUGGUGGCAUAGACAAGCCAUAAGACUUUUUAUAAUGUAAGAGAUUUCUUACACAUGAGAAAAGUCAUGUAAAUAAGUUCUCUCUCCAGGUUUUCACACUCAACGCCAGUUGUAAUCAGAUUAUAAAUAGUCUUUUUCAUUGUUUUUUCUAUUUUGAAAAUUUCUCCAAAAGUAACAUCUCUUGGUUGUUAGCCCUAUUGUGACUUUCUCAGUUUCUAACACAGGACAGUAUAUUUUUGAUUUUUAUAUUCUAUUUAGUAACUUGCUUCUAAAUGCAUACCUACAAUCUUUUCUAAGGAAAAUUUCAAUUUAAACAGAAAAUAAUUGCACUGAUUUUUUGAAAACUUCCCGUUUACUGUAACAGACUUUUUUGCAUCUGCUGUAGCUGGUUGAAAAUACUGUAAAUAGUAUUAUGAAUAGCAUUCAUUGUUGUACUUGCAUUUUUAGAGAUACUGCCCACUUUACAGUAUUAAGAUAUGAGCUGUAUAUGUUUUUUUAAUUUUAUUUACACCUUCUCAUUUUGCAUGUGAUACAUCAUAAAAGGGUACAGUUUCUCAUUUGCUUUCUGUCAUAUGGAAAGAGUCAGGUUUUUUGUCUUUAUUUACAUAACAAUUCUUCCCUAACUGUCUGCCUUCUACCCAUACUUUUCCCCACCACACGGCACAAAAUAUAAAAACAUUUUGAAGUUACCAAAAUUCAGAUGGUUUGUAAAGCAUUUAAAUGCCUAUCUUUAAUAUCACUGGUAGGUAAUUAAUAGCGCUAAUAUCUGUGCUAAUAACCAUAGCUCUGUAAUGCAUUUUUUUCCCUAGCUCCUUCCAGCACUUGAUUCUGACAUCAGAUUGUAAAGAACUAGUCUGUGAGGCAGAGUUACUAGAAUCAUAGAAAUUAGAGAUGGAAAAGCCUAAUGUAGCAUCUAGGCUAUUCCUCUGCUGGUGCAGAAUUGUUCCCUAUAGUAUUUUUUUAGAGCUGUGACUUAAGAAACAGGGCUACCAAGUUGCCUUCUUGGUCACCCACAUUAGAAAGCCACCAGUCUAGUGAUUUGCAUUAAUUGAUGUUUUGCUUCUUUAAUUCUUAGAGGCUGGAGAGACCAAAACUACAGCACUGCUACUGUUGUUUUAUACACCGUACGUUGUUAAAUCUCUCCUCUCCGCUCUAAGGCUUAAUGGUUGUAGUAUAUAGCACCUUGAAAAAUCUCAAAGUGAAUCAUUUUUAAUCCAAAAGUUUGUGUUUAAUGGUGUAAAGUGUAAUCCAUGAUAUAAUAUUUUAAGUUCUUCAGCUGUUUUUCCCCCAUGUUUCUUUGUCUGGAGCAGGGGUCGGCAACCUUUCAGAAGUGGUGUGCCGAGUCUUCAUUUAUUCACUCUGAUUUAAGGUUUCGCGUGCCAGUAAUACAUUUUUAACGUUUUUAGAAGGUCUCUUUCUAUCAGUCUAUAAUAUAUAACCAAACUAUUGUUGUAUGUAAAGUAAAUAAGGUUUUUCAAAUGUUUAAGAAGCUUCAUUUAAAAUUAAAUUAAAAUGCAGAGCCCCCUAGACCGGUGGCCAGGACCCGGGCAGUGUGAGUGCCACUGAAAAUCCGCUCGUGUGCCACCUUCAGCACGCGUGCCAUAGGUUGCCUACCCCUGCUCUGGAGUGUUAAAGUAAAUGUAAUGACUUGGCCAAAUCACUACAGAAGGUGAUUUCCUAUCAUUUUUUAGUUUGCAACCGGGUGCAGUUAAAAGCUACCUCCUAUAUUCUUCCACAGAUUAAUAUUUGCUUCUGAAAUGCAACUAUCGUUUGUUGUGAACAGCCAAAAUAUUCCCAAAUGAGCUGAAUUGUUUGCUUUUGGCUUGAGAACUUAUGUGCCAUACUGUGAUUCUCAAUAUCUGCUUGCCACUUAUUAUUUUUAUGUUGGGAUAGUGUUAAUGGAAUGCUGUCUGUCAAAGUUUUGGAAAUAGUGAGGCAACUGAUUUCACAAGUCUGGCAUGUUCAUUUUCAUUCAUGUUUACUUUUGUUAAUAGGGAUACCACCUUAAAAUAGUCAGCUCUUGUAGUAGUUGUGUUUUCACGCUGCUGUUUCCAAGCAAAAAUUGUUUUCAUGCAUUAGCUCUAUACUUUGCUGAAAAUAUAUCAUGUUUUAAUUGAAGGUGACAUUGAAGGUGCUUGAAACAUAUUUUGAAGCUGAGACAAAAAUUAUGUAUUAGAAUAUUUUUUUAAAAUACCUUUUAGGUAAUUUUGAGAUUGUAACCAUGAAGAUACUAUAUUCCAAGUGAUAAGGAUAUAAAUUUUAAACACAGAAAAUGUCUUGAAUAUGUUUGUAUUGUGAAUAUGUUCUCUCAAUAACGUGCAAGGCCUUGGCCACACCUCAGAUCUUAAAAUAAGUGCACAUACACAAAAGGUGCUUUGAAUGAUCUGAAACUGAACUGUAGAAAACUGUGUUAAUACAUCAUAUUUUGUUUACAAUGAA